CGGAACCCGUAAUUCAGGACUAGUACACAAACACAAACUACUCGUUGCAUUAUUUUCUUCUCGUGUCGUUUGUCUUCUUCCAUUUCCAACUUGUACAAUUUCAUUUUUUCCUCUCCAAACAUUUUCCUACAAAAGAUUCAUUCUCCCAAACUCUUAUUUUCUUAUUUCUUUUCCAUUAAUCAAAACAAUCUCCUUACAAUCAAAUCCUCCGGUAAUCGUUUCAAUGUGCUUCAAACCAUUUCUUGAAGGUGGCAUCGCCGCAAUCAUCGCCGGAGCUCUGACUCACCCAUUAGACCUCAUCAAAGUCCGUAUGCAACUCCAAGGCGAACACUCUGUCUCUCUCGACCAAAACCCUAACCCUAAUCUUGUUCUUGAUCAUAAUAUUCUUCCCGUUAAACCUUACAGACCCGUUUUCGCUCUUGACUCUCUCAUCGGCAGCAUUUCCUUAUUACCCUCAUCCAUUCACGCGCCGUCUUCUUCCACGCGCUCUGUCAUGACCCCUUUCGCCGUUGGGGCACACAUUGUCAAAACCGAAGGACCCGCCGCUCUUUUCUCGGGCGUCUCCGCCACCAUCCUCCGUCAGAUGCUUUACUCUGCCACCCGUAUGGGUAUUUACGACUUCCUUAAACGGAGGUGGACUGAUCGACUCACCGGUAACUUCCCAUUGGUAACCAAGAUCACAGCUGGACUCAUAGCCGGAGCCGUUGGAUCAGUCGUAGGGAAUCCUGCCGACGUGGCGAUGGUGAGAAUGCAAGCCGACGGAAGCUUGCCGUUAAACCGUCGCAGAAACUACAAGAGCGUCGUGGACGCACUCGAGCGGAUCGCGAGGCAAGAAGGCGUCUCAAGCUUAUGGCGUGGCUCGUGGCUAACCGUGAACCGUGCCAUGAUCGUGACUGCUUCUCAGCUCGCCACGUAUGAUCACGUCAAAGAAAUCUUGGUCGCCGGUGGACGUGGAACGCCAGGAGGGAUCGGAACGAAUGUGGCGGCGAGUUUUGCGGCGGGGAUUGUCGCAGCGGUGGCGUCAAAUCCGAUAGACGUUGUGAAGACGAGGAUGAUGAAUGCGGAUAAGGAGAAUGACGGUGGACCGUUGGAUUGUGCGGUGAAGAUGGUGGCAGAGGAAGGACCUAUGGCUUUGUACAAAGGGCUUGUUCCGACGGCGACGAGGCAAGGACCGUUCACGAUGAUAUUGUUCCUUACCUUAGAACAAGUUCGUGGUUUGUUAAAAGACGUUAAAUUUUGAUUAAAUGUUACUUUUUUUUCCAGUAGUUAGGUUAAUAAAUUUGCCCCGAUAUCUUCAUACAUUGCAUAUACGUAUAAAAUAUUUAUAUUUUAUAUAGCGAUUAAUGUAGUAUUUUAUUAGAGAUUUUUGUAUAAAAAUAAAUUAUUUAUUUGCAGAAA